CAGAAUAUCGAGCUCGGGGCCACAGGAGGAGUCUCCAAAAAGGAAGGCAGCAACAUGGAGGACAUGACUGUGGAACAGAUUACCAUGAGGGCCAACCAAGUGACUGACGAGCAUCAUCGUGUGCUGUACCUGUCUCUGUGUGUUCCAGAGCAGCUGAAGCGUGUGGAUGAGGGCAUGGACCAGAUCAACCAGGAUAUGAGACAGGCCGAGAAAAACCUCACCGAUCUCUCCAAGUGCUGCGGCAUUUGUGUCUGCCCCUGUGACAGGGUGACUUCUAUUGAGCACGAUUCACGAUACAAGCGAACCUGGGGUAUGGGAGGAGGAGAUGGCGAAACUGAAGGCAAUGGCUCAAAAGUGGUCUCAAGGCAGCCGUCGGGUGUUCGUAACGGUCAGGCCGGCCAGGUGAACGCCUCAGCACCUUCAGGCCCGUACAUCAAGAGGAUAACCGACGAUGCUCGUGAGGACGAGAUGGAGGAGAAUCUCGAUGCAGUCGGCAGCAUUAUUGGCAACCUGAAAUCUAUGGCUGUGGACAUGGGCUCUGAGAUAGACAAGCAAAACAAACAGAUUGACCGCAUCAAUGACAAGGCGGACAUGAACAAGGUUCGCAUUGAUGAAGCGAACCAACGAGCCAACAAGCUCAUCAAAUAGUCACGGAACCAAGCUUCUGCCAGAUUCAUCUAUCAACCUUGAGCCUGUGUCGCCCCACACACACACACACACACACACGCACGCACGCACGCACUACAUACUUGCACAUAUGCACAAACACACACUCUUUGACAACAUAAAAUAGAAAUCCACUCUGGGAGAAUGUUAAUGCCAGCAGUGUGCCUGCCUUUACUGCACUAAUAUGUAAACAUUUAUACAGUCUAUAAAUUGGCCACCACCUCAAAUACUUAAACAUUUGUAUUCAUAGUCGUGCUGGACCUGGGAAAGUAGCGUGGGCAUCAGACACUGCAGCAAACAGCCAGUGACUGAGUGCCUGUCACUGCAGUUUGAUACCAAAUAUGGACCCGACUUGUAUCGUAUCACAACAUUCACAGGAAGGGAAGUAGCGCAGGUCAAAUACUGUUCUUGCUUAUUUUAUUCCCCUGUUUGCCUUCCUCUUCAGUCAAAAGCUAUGAACUGUCUUUAUGUACGCCUCUCUGGAAUUUAUGGAAAAGGUCAGUGAUCCAUAGUCAUUAAUUGUUUUUAAAUGAUAAACAGUACAGCAUCAAUUUAUGUAUCACCCCCCCCCCCCUGUUGGUUUUACCCUGAUAGAGCUGAAUCCACAUAAUUCUUGGUCUAAAACAAAUCAAUCAAAUUCCUAUUGGUCCAUGUUAAUUAUAUCAUGUGUAUUGUUUUGAGAUGCUUAUUUAAUUAUUCUUUAUCGAGCAGAAAUGACUUGUGAAUAAAGUUGUCCUUUUUUUUUUUAAACACUUUGUUCCCAUGUCAUUUUUGCCAUUUCUUCCCAAGUUGUUUUAAAAAAUAAAAAUAAAAAAUGUUGUGCUUCAGAGUCCCAGCUGAAAUACUGUGCCGCUGGAAUUCAAAGCACCUACCCCUGAAUGAGAGCAAUUAAAUGUUGAUGUUUUUCAUUUUUCUGACUGAUGGUUAAGUCAAGGUUAUUGUAUUAGCAGGAAUAUUGCAAGGCAUUAGAAAUUAAAUGUAUAGCAAUCGCUAUUCCUUCAAAUGUGAAGGAGGGUCAGUUAGCAUCACGAGGAAUGUUCAUCAUUUCCUCCUGUACAGCGUCUUUAGUUCGGUUUAUGUCAUCCCUGACAAUGGUGAGAUUUUUCAUCAGGAUCAACUGCUGUACUUCAUAAUUCGCGUCACUUGAGGUUUUUCUCUCCGUGAUCGCAGUGUGGUUGUAAAUACUGAAACACAGUGUAGCUGUUCAUUAAUUGCCUAUAGUCUUGCUGAUAAUCUAAUUUCAUUCUUUCUUCGUUACCUCCCAGUUAAUAGAGAUUUAUAGCACCCAAGAGGAGAUUUAACGGCCCCACACGAGCCUGGUAAUGUGUGGAAAAUUAAUUUCCUCAAGUUUAAUAAUUGCCUGUAAGAGUAUGAAAACACAUGUUGAGUCUGGAAACACAUGGCUGUGCUUUGUUAAAUUCACUGUCAUCCCUCAUAUAGACUCGCUGGGUCAUUGCCGUUGUGGCACAUGCAGCAGUUUUGUUCUAAUGAAAAUGACCUCGACUUUUUUUUUUAAAUUAAAGAAAUGAGUCUGGGAAAAUACUGGGAUUUAAAAAUGGGAGAAUGCGCAUCAGUUGAUGGUCGAUGGUUGUGUUCUAACAGCCACAGUAUCACUAACUCUUGCACCUGCUCUGUAAACAGCCAGUUUUCAGAGCAAGGCUACAGUAAAGUGAUAAUAUUUGAUGAUGGAGAGCAUAAUUUAUCUUGUCAACGCUGCUGCCCGGCUCUGAAAAUUACUGCUGGCAGCGAGAUGCAAAAAUAUACAUGCAAAUGAAUGUUGUUCAAGGGGGUAAAUGCAGAAGAAUAAGUCCUGGCUGGCGACGCUCAGACCUCGCUGUGGAAAAUUGGCUAAUGAUUAAGUAAAACCGAAUGCUGAAAAUAUCUCACAUUCAUCGCAAGGCUUUUUUUGUUUUGGAGAAAGAUGAUCAUUUGUAUGCUCUGCUGCAGGCGUCCACCUAUCGAGUCUGGACAGAUUGAAAUGAGCUGUUAUUCAGGGCUUUGUAUUUCUGUAAGUGAUCAUCCUCAGCCUGUAACUUGUCGGCUGAGAUCUAAUUAGUAUAGCUUAAGGCUGCCUCACUGUCUUGAGGCUGUUACUUCAUUGUUUUACAGCCACUGGAAUGUAAAUACAACCGUUUUGUCUAUUUUGAAUACGUUUAUAUGCAGCUGGUUCUUAUCUGAAAUUAGCUUGGUGAACGGGUCACUGUUCAACAGAGCCAAAAUGCCUUUUCUUUCAUGCCUGCCCAUGUUAAAUUGUUUGUACUCAAUAAAUCUGUUCUCUAAUGCAUUUUAUUGCACCGUCUUUAAUGUAUUAACGAAUAAAAUAAAAUUGGGUUUCUUUAAA